AUGGCGCCUAGCAUUCGCUGCACGACCGCGUUGAGCUUGCUCACCAUGCAAGCCACCAUCGCUACCAGUGAGACUUUCAGCUUCUCCUCGCCCAACAAGGUGCCCAAGGGCGCAUCUGGAAUCGUACCCAAAGACUUCGCCUCCUACUCCUGGCCGGGGCACUGGUUUACGGACUUCGCUGGCAAUGCAACGUAUCCAAACCUUUUCUCGAAAGACAUUCUAGACCUACUUGCGUCGAAGACGGGAGCCCAACCGUUCGUUCGAAUUGGCGGAACGUCAACUGACCGAAUCUGGUACAAUGCUUCCCAGCAAGUCGCUUCCCGCAAUGUCUUCGAGAAUACCGGAUCUCUCACGUCGAACAUUGGCAUUCCAGACCGUGUCGAGAUCGGUCCUGCAUUCUUUGAAGGUUUCCGCAACUUUCCCGACACCAGCUUCUCCUGGCAGAUGAACAUGGGCAAUACCUACGGCACGCCGGGCGGGCUCGAGAAUGCUCUCGAAGUUGCGCGACACGUCAUGCAUACCGUCGGCGGGCGACUGGACUCCUUUGAGAUCGGGAAUGAACCGGACAUAUUCUAUCUUGUUGGCCAUCGACCUAAGAACUACACGUUGGCCGACUACGUCCGACAGUGGAACGAAUAUGCGGACGCCUGUAGCUCGCAAGUGUUGAAGGGAAACCCAUACGGGCUUGCGGAGACCAGGUUCUUCCAGGGUUUGACAACUGCGUCGGGGGAGCAGGAGUGGUCGGCUGACAACGUCCUUAAUUCCGGUCUCGACAAACACAACCACCUGAAGUCCAUGUCGAUGCACCAUUACGACAGUAAUGGAGAGCCUUGGGUCCGAUUGCAGAACUCUUUCAUGAACCACACGAAUAUCGCAGCGAACGUGUCGCUGUACGACGACGAUAUUGCGGCCUCUCACAACUACAAACCGUCGCUGCCCUUCAUCCUCGGCGAGACAAACUCAGAUUCUUCCAACUUGAACAUGUCGCAGUUCAUUGGAGUAUUUGGCUCGGCACUGUGGACGAUUGAUCGGACCUUCCUUAGCAUGGCUGCUAACAUGCAACGUCAGAACUUUAUCCAGGGCACCACCUUUGGUUACACUCAAUGGGUUCCAGUCCCGCUCGAGGGACGACAGCCGUACACAAGGCCACCCCUGUACGGAUACAUCUUCGCUGCGGAUGCCCUCGGACGCCAUCCUAAAGCGCAGGUCUACCCGAUCCCAACAUCGGUUUGGAACCUCUCCGCGUACGGCAUCUACCAGGCUGGCAAGCUUGCCAAGUACGCCGUGAUCAACUUGGACGAGUACAACAGCACCGCCUCGUAUGCGCGCCCGGAACAACGAGUCCGUCUUACCGUUCCCAAGCACGUCCGCCAUGUUGGAAUCGAAAGGCUGACGGCUGCUGGCGCCGAUGCUGAUGAAGGCGUCCAAUGGGCGGGGUUGAGCUGGAAUUACACCGAUGGAAGGCUUGCGCAGUCGGGCAAGCACAAGGUUGAGAGGGUCCAAGCCCGGAGAGGUGUUGUCAACCUGCAGAUUCCGUCGACGCAGGCAGUUUUGGUGGCUUUGGAUGGGUGCCAGGACUGA